CUUUGGCCUACCUUGCGGACCUUUGCAGCUGCUGGCCUUCCAAUCUACGCCGGCAACGUUAUGGUUGACAGAUUGAAUAAGCAAGGCACCAUAAUCUCUGUCGGUAAAAAGGAUCCUAUCGAAAAAUCAUUUAAGAUCGAUUCGGAGGAAGAAUAUCGCAAGUUUUAUGGUGUGAAGAGAGCGCCCCUGGAACUAAGUACCAAGGUCAAUGAUCUCAGGGGGGUCAAUGAAAAAAGUGGUAACUUGAAUAGUGUGGAUUCAAGCAUGAAUUCCAGUUAUGUCAACACGGUUCACGAAAAAAAAGAUAAAUUUGAUGCUGUGAACGACGUGUCAAUGAUGUCAACCACGAAAUUCAAAGAUGUGAAGGGAGUUGAUGAAGCCAAAGCUGAGCUCGAGGACAUAGUUCACUACCUAAGAAAUCCCAAGCAUUUUACACGCCUUGGUGGCAAGCUUCCAAAGGGUGUUCUGCUUGUGGGCCCACCUGGCACAGGGAAGACCAUGUUGGCAAGGGCUGUAGCUGGGGAAGCUGGUGUCCCGUUCUUCGCAUGCAGUGGGAGCGAUUUUGAGGAGAAGUAUGUGGGUGUUGGGGCUAAAAGAGUGAGAGAGCUCUUCAAUGCAGCAAAGAAGCGGUCCCCUUGCAUAAUAUUCAUCGAUGAGAUCGACGCCGUUGCUGGGCGUAGGAACUCAGAUGAUUCAAAGUCGCGGAGGCAGACCCUGAACCAGCUGCUUGUUGAGAUGGAUGGCUUCAAGCAGAAUGACGGGAUCAUCAUUCUUGCAGCGACCAACUUCCCACAGUCGCUAGAUAAAGCCGUUGUUAGGCCUGGGCGUUUUGACCGUCAUGUUCAGGUUCCUAAUCCAGAUGUUGAGGGUCGGCGACAGAUCCUCGAGGGUUGUAUAUUAAAGGUCAAAGCCAAGGGUUUGGAUGUGAUGACCAUUGCGAGGGGGACACCAGGAUUCUCAGGUGCAGACCUUACAAACUUGGUAAACGAUGCUGCUCUGAAGGCUGCCAAGGAUGGGGCAGACGCGGUUAUGAUGCAUCACAUUGAAUACGCCAAGGACAAGAUCAUGAUGGGCAGCGAGCGCAAAUCGGCAGUGAUACCUGAUAACUGCAGGAAGAUGACUGCAUACCAUGAGGGAGGGAGGGCUCUUGUUGCUAUCCAUACUGAUGGCGCUCAUCCUAUCCACAAGGCUACCAUUGUCCCGAGGGGAAACACUCUAGGCAUGGUGACACAGUUACCAGAGGAAGAAGAUAUGUAUAAAUUCUCAAGGAGGAAGAUGCUGGCGAAAUUGGAUAUCCUCAUGGGAGGCAGGGUGGCUGAGGAGCUUAUAUUUGGAAACACUGAGGUGACCUCUGGCACCUUGUCUGAUCUAAGUGAGGCAACUCAGCUGGCGACAGACAUGGUCACAAAAUAUGGUAUGAGCCAGCGGGUCGGCUUUGUUUCUUAUGGCAACAACGAUGAAGGUGGGGUUGGGAAGAAGAUGACAACUGUGAGCGGGCAUACAAUAGCCCUGGUCGAUGAGGAGGUGAAAGAAUUACUGGCCAAGGCUUACAAGAACGCGAAAAAGAUUGUCACUGGGCACAGCAAGGAGCUUCAUGUGCUAGCCGAUGCCCUCCUUGUGCAUGGAACCCUCACUGGAGACCAGAUCAAGCAGCUAGUUUCGCCAAGCAAUAGUGAGCAGAAUCAACAAACACAUUCGCCCUAGUUUUGGAUUAGCAAAACAGGUUUUGCUCUAAGAGGAUUUCCCUUUUUCUUCUUUGAUUGAUUCCUCAGGUGCAUGAACAUCAAUGUAACGAGAUGUACGGUCUUGAUUUGGCUGACUU